CAGUUCUGGGGCACCAUUAAUUACAAUGCUUUUCUUUCUGCAAGGAACUCAAUAGUGCCCCUUUUUGAUUACAAACAUUCUUCCAAAUAUCUUUCUGUGUGUCCGGAACAACAAGAACAUUUAUACAGGUUUGGAAAAACUUCUGGGUGAGUAUUUGACGACAGAAUGUUUAUUUUUGGGUGAACUGUUCCUUUAAGUCUGAUAGCUGCAGUUCAAUCUUCUACUGUAACAGUGGACUGUGGGUAAUGUUGUUAUUCACCUGGAAUUGGACAAUUCAGUCUGACUCAAUAAAUUAAAUACAAAAAUCAUGUACAAUUCAUUGAGAUUAUGGGGUCUACAUAAGCAAAUGCCUUUUAACAUAUGAUCUAUCUUGAAAAGUUGGUAUUUAGAGUAAAUUAAUCUGCGGCCUGUGGAGGAUAUUUUUUACCAAGAUACUAAAAAACAGUUCGAACAAAUCAGAACCAAUAUUAUUUACUCACUGUCAUGUACUUCUAAGAACUAUAUUUAUAACACAUGAUCAGUUAUAGUUUUAAGUAUAUCUAGAUCAAAUUAUUCUAAGUAUACUUGACUUGAAAUUGUGUUUACUCCUCUUAUUAAGUAGCCUUUAAAAUAUUUUUUUUCACUAUUUUGAAUAGUUUACUUUCAUAAAUUAGAAUAAAAAUGUGCUACAGAUACAACUACUAAACUACCGGUAAAUAAGUUUACUUGUAGUUACAGCACAAACAAAAAACAUAGCCGUAAACUAUGUACUGGGUACCCAAAAUUGACUUGUGUGCAGUACACUUAAUAGUGGGCUAAUUUAGUCCUAAAUAGCUUAAAUAGUACACUUAAAAGUAUACUACUAGCAUUUUGAUAUUCAUAUGUACCGUACUUACUUUUUUAAGUACACUCAAUAAUUGAGUUUUUUUAAGUAUACUUAAUAAAAUUAACUUGAAGUAUACAAAUUUUUGUGAGGGUAUACAGAACAGACAUAGGACUUACAGUAAAACAUACACUUCAGACAUUUGAUUCUUUGUGACACUCGGGUACUAAAAAAUAAAGGAACCAAAGAAAGGAGAAAAAAGUCAUAUAGGUAAGCACAAAUGACUUUGUGGAUGCGCUGAGGCAAACCGGGCUACUGCUUUUUUCCCUAAACCUCAGUAAUACGGUCCUCCCGAGUUCAUUAUUGUCUAAUUUAAGCAGGAAGUGGCAGCCGCCAAGCUUGAAGGACUCAUUAUUGAAAUGUUUUGAUGUAAGGCACAUCUGCACCUUUAAUCAGAGACCAUCUCUCUAAAGCUGCUCUCUUCUUUAGUCUUCCCUCCCAUCAUGCAUUGAGUCUUUAUGACUGGCCACUGUGCACUUUAAUUGCUUCUGCUUGGAAACUGAUGUGUCCUGUCCUGUCACGAUCGAAGCAAUGUUCCAAAUAAAGACAGAUUGUUAAUCGGCUCCAGCAGAGGCUCUAAAGUCUGAGCAUGGACUACAGUUGCUGAUCUGAUAGACUAGGGCCCAAGUGCAUUGUGGGAGAAGAACUGUCCCCUAUUACGGACCUCUCAUCGCGCCCUUCACACCAAGAAAUAUCGAUCCCACCAUGCAUGUUCUCCUCCUGGGAUUGUUCGUGUUUUUUCUGAGUUCACCAAAUCAUGUUAGCCAAUUCUGAGCACAAUGAUCUCAAACCUUGACUGUGAACCCGCAUUACAAGAGAGCAAAACAAGCCCAGAAAUCAGAUUCAGAAGCAUUGGAAUAGGUCAUACUGUAGCACAUCUGUCAUUACAAUAAUGACGUUGUUUCAUUUCAACAUGUCUUGUUUUCAAGAAGUCAAUAGGGUUAUUUUAGUCAGGGUCUGCAAAAUUUUAAGAGUAGAUUUUUUUUUAAUUGGCCACAGGAUAUUGCAUUUUAACGUAAACAGAGGAAAAUGCACUGAACGACAUUUCACUGUCAUAAUUCAUUGGUCCAAAACAAGUUUUGCAAUAAAAAAACAUGUUAUUCUAACUAACUUUCACUUCUCAAUUUAAAUUCACCACUUGAUUUGGAAUUAAGAGAAAAUGCUUGAUUCAGUUUAGACUGCACACAACCCUCCAUCUAGUUAACUACUUUUCUCAACCAGAUUGACAUUCAGGACCGAUGACGACAAUUGAACGUGUGUUGAAACGCAAACAUCUCCAGUUCAAUAGAUUUACUUGAUAGACAAUGAUGACCUGAUAACUUAGACUCCUCAGGCAUAUUGCUUCAUUUAACUUACACAUACAGUAUUUGUACAUGCAGUUUGUUUUAUGACUUGAGUAAAUAAUGUGUGUAAAAACAUUUACCCUCACUAAGCUCAUCUAUUGCUUCACUCAAAUCAUACAUGGCAUGACAAAAUAUUACAAUCUGAUUUCAUCUCUGUAGCAUAGUACCCACACAGAAUCUUUUGUAUGAGUUUUUAAAAUGCAAAGGCAUUUACAGAGUUUAUAAAAACGUGUUAUCAAACAAAUGCAAUUUUUAAGUGGGCUUAUUGGGUAGAUUAUAAAUAUAUUGAAAAUUGUGAAAUUUUUUGGGGUCAAUCUCACACAGGAUCUAAAAAAAAAUGUCACCCAAAAUAUUUACAGAAAAUUUAAGAAAUUAUACAAUUUAUAAAAUUAUUUUCCAAAACGCUAUUUUGCAUUGUAAUCAUAGUUAAACUAUUUGUACGUCAAAGUAUAUUUUAUAUACAUUUAUAUUUAAAAAUUUACAUAUUGUUUUCCUAAAACAGCGUGUCUGCUCUUGUAAUACUUGAACAUGCUUUGGUAAUUUAUAAAUCUCUCACAUCGCUUCAAGUGCAUGUUGGGACUUGUGCAUUGGCAAAGAGCACAAGCCCCAGUAUGUGUGUGUGUGGAAUAUAGAGAGAGGAAUAGAGAUAGUUAUGUAUGUUGGUCUCUUGAUUGAACUAAAUUCAAGGUUUUUACAUGAAACGCAUUUAAAAACAACAUUACAUCAUUAUGAUUAAGACAUUUUUAAAAAAGUAAGGUUGGCCGUGGAUGUGUCUUAAAGGAUUUUUAUUGAAGGUCUGGAGAAUGGCAGGCUUCCCACGAGCAAGACAGAUAUUUGACCAAAGGCACGUAUGGUGUUUUGAUGUGGAAAAUGGGUUGUCGAUCGGGCGAAGUCCCCUGGACCCAACCAUCAGUCCGAGCUCCGGUCUGGUCCUCCAGACAAACAGCCAGCGCCGCGAGUCUUUCCUCUAUCGAUCCGACUCAGAUUUUGACCUCUCGCCCAAGACGGUGUCAAGAAACUCAUCGACGGCCAGUGAGCUUCAUGGGGAGGACAUGAUUGUAACGCCAUUUGCUCAGGUUCUUGCCAGUCUACGUACAGUGAGAGGGAAUGUUGCCGUUUUGACUCAUGGGCAGGAUAGAUGCAACAAGAGACAACCUAGCAUUAACCCUCAAUCUGCCUCCAAGACAAACCUAUCAGAUGAGGCGUAUCAGAAACUUGCAGUGGAGACUCUGGAGGAAUUGGACUGGUGUCUGGACCAGCUGGAGACCCUGCAAACACGCCACUCAGUCAGCGAAAUGGCCUCCAAUAAGUUUAAAAGAAUGCUCAACAGAGAGCUUACGCAGCUGUCCGAGACCAGCCGCUCAGGAAACCAGGUGUCGGAGUUCAUUUCAAACACGUUUUUGCAGAAACAGCAGGAUGUGGAGGUUGUGUCAGCAGCAUGUAAAGAGGAGAAGAAACGCCGGCCUAUGUCCCAAAUAAGUGGAGUGAGGAAACUGUGCCCCAGUCCGUGUCUCCCCCCAACAAGCAUCCCACGAUUUGGUGUCACGACCCAGCACGAGAACCUCCUGGCCAAGGAGGUUGAAGACAUAGAUCGAUGGGGUAUAGAUAUUUUUAAGAUAGCAGAGUACUCUGGGAAUCGGCCGCUGACAGUCGUGAUGUACAACAUUUUCCAGGAGCGAGAUUUGCUCAAAUGCUUCAAAAUCCCACCAGAAACCUUCUUAACCUUUCUCAUGACUUUGGAAGACCACUAUCGUGCGGAUGUAGCCUACCAUAACAGUAUCCACGCAGCGGAUGUUGUGCAAUCCACACAUGUUCUUCUCUCCACACCUGCCCUAGAGGAUGUGUUCACAGAUCUUGAGAUCAUGGCUGCUCUGUUUGCUAGUGCAAUUCAUGACGUAGACCAUCCUGGAAUGUCCAACCAGUUCCUCAUCAACACAAACUCUGAACUGGCUCUGAUGUAUAAUGAUGCCUCUGUGUUGGAGAAUCAUCACCUGGCUGUAGGCUUCAAGCUUCUACAGCAGGAAAACUGUGACAUCUUCUGUAACCUUAGCAAGAAACAACGCCGGUCCCUGCGGCAGAUGACUAUAGAUAUGGUAUUAGCCACUGACAUGUCCAAACACAUGAAUUACCUAGCUGACCUCAAGACAAUGGUAGAAACGAAAAAGGUGACCAGUUUAGGAGUCUUGCUGCUGGACAACUACUCAGACAGAAUACAGGUCCUCCAGAACAUGGUGCACUGCGCUGACCUCAGCAACCCCACCAAACCCCUGGAGCUCUACCGACAGUGGACAGAUCGAAUCAUGGUGGAGCUUUUCAGCCAGGGUGACUGCGAACGUGACAAGGGCAUUGAAAUCAGCCCUAUGUGUGACAAACACACAGCCUCUGUAGAAAAAACUCAGGUGGGAUUCAUCGACUACAUUGUCCACCCCCUGUGGGAGACAUGGGCCGAUCUGGUCCAUCCCGAUGCUCAGGACAUUCUAGAUACAUUAGAAGACAAUCGUGAAUGGUACCAGAGCAUGAUUCCACGCAGCCCUUCGCCCACCCCCGACGAGCAGGACUUGCGGGCCAUAGUGGGAGUUGGGGGAUCAGGAGAAAAGUUCCAGUUUGACCUCACUCUUGAGGAAGAGGAUGGAGAGUUGGAGGGUGAUGAGGAGAACAUGAACACAGAACGAGGACAGAGAUUAAGGACUAUGAACGCCAAGCCUUCAGCAAUGCCCCAGAGCCUCACAGUUGGAGUCACUCCCAUUUUAGACGGUGGCGAAAGAGAACUGGACCAAGAAAUGACCAGUGUGUCUGUCCUGCAGUUGGAAACUUAACAUGGAAGAUCAGCUUUAGUUGUGUUGCUCAGUCACACUCAUGAAGUUUUGAGGUUUCGUGGUGAACCGUCCACUACCAGUUUUCUCAUAUUAACUCUGACUUGUCCUUUAGAAAUAACUGGACAUAUGGUUUACACAACCGAAUAAGCCCAUGUUUUAAAAAACACGCAUUUUGGAAAGGAUUGAGGAGAAACGUUUAGAUGAAUGUUUAUGUGGUCCCAUUUGAGACUCAUGUGGAGAAACAUGGUGUCUUCCCUUGUACAUGCCAACUGCAGAGGAAAGCUGAUGAACUCAUGAUGUGAACUUUUUAUCACUACACUCUAGGGUAUUUAUUAUCUUCAAGCUUUUUCAUUUUGGAUAACUUCAUGCUUUUGCUUUUUUUACGCUUUUGCCACUGAGAAAUAACGGAGAUGGAAACUGAGAAAUAACUGUUUCCAAUAUGGAACUGGGACGGCCGUUACACAACUAUUUAAUGCAUAAGUGAUAAGAUUGUGACGCUAACAACCUCAGGAUAAGAAUGAUUUUAUGUAGCAAAACUCCAAAGGGCAGUCACUAAACUGUCUGUUUAUAAUCUUCUUUGAAACAAAAUUAAAACACAAAAAUGUUUCAAAAACUGUCAAAAUUAA